AUGAUUUUUAGAAAUAUUGGAUCUAUAUCAAAAAAUAGUUGGAUCUGGUUUUAUUUUUUAGUUUUAUUUUUUUUUAAUAUUACUAUAAUUUGGAGUGAUAAGAAAGUUAGUGUUAGUGAAGUUACAUUAGAUAGCUCUAUUGAAAUAUUAGAAUGGUGUGGUGAAAAUCAUGACAUUGUAUUAGCAAAGACUAUUAAAGGGCAUGUAUAUAGAUCAGCUAAUAGAGGUAAGAAUUGGCGUGAUAUUACAGAUAAUUUAGCUAGAUUAUCAGCAAAUCUAACAUCUAAUAAAAGUUCUUCAUUUUUGGUUAAAUCUAUAAGUAUAAACCCUGUAGAUAAAAAUAUAAUAUUAAUUGUAGGAUCUAAAUAUAAUCACUUUAUAUCAAUUAAUGCUGGUGAGACAUUUCGUCGGAUUUCUCAUACUGGUACAAUCCAUACUUGGUUAUUUCAUCCUAGUAAAUCUAGAUAUGCUUUAUUUUCUUCUUGGACUGAUGGGUGCCAAAAGUCAAUUUUAUCUAAUUUAAAAAAGAAUUCAACUACAAAUAGUAAAUGUAUUCAUCAAUUAUUUGUAACUAAGGAUUUAGGACUUUCAUUUACUCGUGUUAUAGAUUAUGUAGUCCAAUUUCAUUGGGAUACAAAUAAAAAUUCUAAUACAAAUAGGAUCUUUUUUACUCAUCAUAGAAAAAAACAAGGUGAUCAACUUAGAUAUGGUGGUUGGAUGCAAAAUAUUGAUUUUUCAUUUACAGAUGAUUUUGGAUCACAUUAUUUAACACCUGUUAAAGGAGGUAAUAAAUUCUUAAUAUCAAAUAAUUAUAUAUUUGUAGCUAAACUUCAGAAUCAUAUACAACAAACAGUUUCAUUAGUAGUAUCUACAGAUGAUGGAGCAACAUUUAAACAAGUUCAGUUACCUCAUCCUUUAACAGAAAAGAGUUAUACAAUUUUAGAUACUUCAGAGGAUACAGUAAUUCUUCAUGUUAAUCAUGGUAGUGAUAUAAUGAGUAAUACGGGUCACAUAUAUAUUAGUGAUAAGAGUGGUACUCGUUUUGCAUUAUCUUUAGCUAAUAAUGUACGUACAAAGACUGGAGAAUGUGAAUUUGAUAAAGUGAUGUCUUUAGAUGGCGUUUAUUUAGCUAAUAUUAAAGAACAUGUCUUUGAUUCAAAAAAUGAAGUUGAUGCUGUAUCUAAAGAUAUGGUAUUUUUAUAUGAUUUAGAUAUUGAUGAUACAGUAGAAGAUGCAGAUACUUCUAGUAUAGAAGCUAAACAUAAAUCUGGUAAACAAGGUAAAAUGGAAGAAGUUGUAAAGACAGUAAUUACAUUUAAUAAAGGUGGUGAAUGGAAUUAUAUCCAAGCACCUACUACAGAUAGUAGAGGUAAUCCUAUUGAUUGUAAUCCAGAUCAAGGAUGUUAUUUACAUUUACAUGGAAUUAGUAAUUUUGAAAAUUAUGCUCCAUUUUAUUCUGUUGAAAAUGCUGUAGGUAUAAUUUUAGGAACUGGUAAUGUUGGUACACAUCUUUUAUUUGAAUCAGAAAAUAUAAAUACUUAUAUGUCAAGAGAUGGAGGUCGUACAUGGAUGGAAGUUCAUAAAGGAGCUUAUAUUUAUGAAUUAGGUGAUUUUGGGGGUUUAGUAGUUAUGGCAAAUGAUUUGAAACAAACUAAUCAAGUUAUUUUUAGUUGGAAUGAAGGAUUAUCAUGGUAUGAUUUUGAUUUAGGAAUACGUACAUUACAGGUAGAUAAUAUAAUGAUAGAGCCUAAUAGUUCUUCGAUGGAAUUUAUUUUAUAUGGUACAAGAGGUAAAUCUGGUGUAUUAUAUCACUUAGAUUUUAAUUCUUUAGGUCAAGUUCCUUGUACAGGAGCUUCAUCACCAGAUACAAUGGGUUCAGAUUAUGAGACUUGGAGUCCUAAUGAUGGCAAAAAUUUUGAAAAUUGUAUUUUAGGUAAACAGCUUGUAUUUACUCGUAAGAAACAGACUGCAGAAUGUUAUAAUGGUAAAGAUUUUCGAAGACCUGUAGAAAAGAAUAUUUGUCAAUGUACUGAGGAAGAUUUUACAUGUGAUUUUGGAUUUACAAGAUCUAUUGGUAGUUAUGAAUGUAGACCUGAGAGUAUUGAAAUCGUUCAAGAUGAUCCAAAAAUAGGUCAAUGUACUUCCUCGGGGGUAUUUUAUACAUCUGCAUAUAGGAAAUUACCAGGUGAUGUUUGUGUAGGGGGAUGGGAACCUCCACCUGUGGCUGUACCAUGUCCAGAUCAUGCUCCAAGUAGUAUUCAUGCUAAACUUAUUUUUGUCCUAAUUAUUUGCCUUUUACUAUUUUUACUUAAACAAGGUAUUUUUGGUGAUUGGAAACAAUGGAGUGAAGUUGGUUUUGAUACUUAUAUGCAUGUACAAUACAAGGUUUUAGGAGUUGCUAAACGUAGAAGCACUUCACUUCAGGGUUUACUAAGUAUUAUUAGUUCUUUCUUUACUAAAGAUACAGCUGUUAUUUUUAGUCCUUCAUCUCCUAAAAUUAAUAUGAACAGGAAUUCUAAUUAUUCAACAGUUAAUAAUGGGUUUAAUAAUAGUGUAUUUAUGGAAGAUGAUGAAGAAGAUAUCUUCCAAAUCCAUGAUAUAAAUACUUCAAGUCCUCAAUUUUUAUCUUCUGAAAAGAAUCAUAUAAAAAAUAAAACUAAUGAUGUAAAUUUAGAACCAACACAAAAACAUUAUGACAAUAUAAAUUUUAGAAAUGAUACUAUUCUUAAUGAUACAGAUGUAUUUGAUGAUGAUAUUGAUCCCCACUCUUUAUUUACAUCUUCUAGGCAAAUGAGUAGUAAAUUAGAUACUUCAUUUAAUCAUUCGGGAUAUAUAGAUAAAUCAAAUUCAUUCGAAACUGAUACAAGUAAUAUAUUUCAAGCUAAUGUAUUUAUGAAUGAUUUUAUAGAAGGGGAGUCAUUCCCUAAAAUUCAAUCUCCACAUGAAUAUAAUGAAAAGAAUCAGAAUUCAAAUAAUUAUAUAGAUGAUAAUUUAAAAGAUGGUAUUGAAUUACUAUAA